AUGAAAGAGAAAUGGAUAAAGUGUGGUGAUAUGCCGUCUUCCAUGAUGUUCAAUAGGGUCAAACAAAGGCAGAAAAGGAGGGAAAUCCUUACCCUUCGAGAUAAUAACGAUGAGUGGAUAACAGGUCAGAAGGAAGUUCAAUCACUCAUUAAGGCCUCUUUGAUGGAGGUGUUUCAUCCAGUUAUUGAUGAUCCAGAUGGGAUCGGUGAAAGAAUUGAUUUGGCCUUUCGGGAGCUUGAUAUUCCCCGGAUUGAGGAAACGGAGAAAUUACGGCUAAUUAAGCCCUUCACGGGCCAGGAGAUAAGAAAGGCGAUGUUCUCCAUCCAUAGGUCGAAGUCCCCGGGGCCAGACGGUUUUAUAGCAGAAAUUUUUCAGCAACAUUGGGAGAAAGUGGGGGCAACAGUGGUUACGGAAGUCCAAUCCUUUUUUAACAAUGGUUACUUGUUAAAGGAAUUUAAUUCCUCAAUACUAGUCAUGAUUCCCAAAGUGGAAGUUCCGGAGGUGGCGGCUCACUUUAGGCCGAUUAGUUUAUGCAACACGGUCUAUAAAUGCAUAGCCAAGUGCAUGGUAAACAGAAUGAAGGGUCUCCUUCAAAACCUCAUUUCGGAUUCACAGCAUGCUUUUGUCCCGGGAAGGUACAUGGAGGAUAAUAUUCUUCUAAGUCACGAGUUGCUUUACUUGAUCAAUACUAAUAAAGGGGACUCUUAUAAAGCGGCUAUCAAGAUAGAUAUGUCAAAGGCAUAUGAUAGAGUUAACUGGCUCUUUCUACUAAAGGCCUUACAGGCUUAUGGAUUCCCGCCAAAGUGGGUGCAUUGGAUCUCUCAAUGUGUUUCGACGGUGUCGUACAGAACUUUGGUAAAUGGGCAGGUUUCAGAGUUAUUCAAGCCUAGCUGUGGCUUAAGGCAGGGAGAUCCGCUGUCUCCUUACAUGUUCUUAUUCUGCAUGGAUGUUACAGAGGAGUCAUGUCAAAACCUAAUGAAUAUUAUUGACAGGUUUGGUGAUAUCUUAGGGCAGCGUUUAAACAUUGGAAAAUCUUUUGUGAAAUUCAGUAAAAUGGUGCCAGUGCACAAAGUAGAGGAGUUUAAAAGGAUUCUAAAGUUUGGCCAGGUUCAGAAUUUGGGGCUCCAUCUAGGUGGUCCUAUUGAUCUCGCUCGACGAAAAAAGGACUCUUUCCCGUUUUUAGUGGACAAAGUGCUUCCAGGGUCAAUAGUUAAUAAAAUUGACUCUCUCAUUGCAAGGUUUUUUGGGGCCAGGAAUGGAGAGAAGGGUAUGCAUUGGAUUGGGAAGGACACCUUACACCUCCCGAAGGGAAUGGGAGGGCUUGGUAUUCGGGCAAUGGAAAACCUUAAUGAUGCUCUUCUCUUCAGGAAAGUGGCUAGGAUGCAUUGUAAUCCUCAACUUCUGAUAGCUCGCUCUUUUUCUCUGGUGCAUGCAUGCACAAUGUGUGAUGGAAGAACCUCGACCGCAAUAAGGGUUAACGCUUCAUGGGGAAGAAGGGGAUUCCAUAGUGUGGCAAAUAAGUUGGUGUCUGGCUUUGCAUGGAAAAUUGGGAAUGGUGAAAAGGUUAAAUAUGCUAGUAUGAGAUGGAUGAAUGGUGAGGUGUCUGUCCUUAAGUCUAAUCAGGUGCUUAGUGGAGUAUGGUCGGGGAAGCAUAGGGGGAUUCCUGUAGAUGGUUGUUGUGGGGUUUGUGAGGACAAUGUGGAGGAUUUGCAACACCUUUUCCGUUUAUGCUCUCUGGCUAGGUAUGCUUGGCUUAAUUGUCCGUUGCAUAUCAGCUCUGAUAUUGAUAGGUCUACUUCGUUGCGACAAUGGAACCAGAGAUAUAUCCUGCUGUUUUAUAGCGAGGAUGGGAUUGGUAGUGAUCGUGUUACCACUUUUAUAAGUGUGUUAUGGGGUCUGUGGAUGGCUAGAGAUGGAAGAGUUUUCAUGAAUGAAAAUGACCAUAUCCCAGCUCUUAUGCGAUAUUUGGAGAAGGGCAACAAGGAUUUAUCUAUUUUCUUGAAACCGGAUGUGAGGAUUUUGGGAGUGAUACAGGAGAUGGAGGCCUUUGGGGGACCUCCGCCAUGCUUCCAGAGAGCAAGUAUAGGAAGCAGAACUGAAGAGCCAACUAACGAUCUUGACAAUAAUCGGGAAGUCACAAUCAUGUGUGAUGGUUCGUGGCAUAAACAGUCGGGGAAUGCCGGUUUUGGGUGGGCUUUUGCUCUUCCGGGUAAGGAUUAUGAAGCUGGUGGGGGAGAUUCAAGCGAGGUGGUGAAUUUGAUUCAGAAUCCGCAAGGUGCUGAUAUGAGGUACUACUGGACUAUUCAAGAACUUCGACAACAGGGGGAGCAACUACAAAACUGUAUGGUUUGGAAGGUGAUCUUUUUUAUAUGCUUCAAAACAUUUGAUCAUCGUGGUUGCAUAUCAGGUGUGGGAUCUGCUUUAUAUAUUCCUAAACAUCCUUAA